AUGAUGUGGGAAUUGCAGAAAGUGGUAACUGAGUCAUCUGCGGUGCUAAAGUCUAUUGAAAAAUCACAUAAAGAAAAUGAAAAGAUUGCCAACAUAACCAAAUUGGAAUCAUACCUUGGGGAAGCAGUUGAUGUUAAGUUACCUUGCAGUUAUAUAUCUGCUGUCGAUGAUAUCAAUCUUUCAAGCUCACCUCUUCGCCCAGCUUCAGAUUGCUCUAGCAUUGAAGACCUCGAUGAUAUGAAUGUAUUUUGA